AUGGAGCGGGAGGCAGAGCGGGGCUGGGGGCCAGAGGGGGGGGUGGCGGUGAUGAGGGACGGGGGGUUGAGGGGAGGCCUGAUCAAUGGGCGUCUUGUUAGCGCGCAGGAAAAGGCCACUAUAGCCGCUCGCAGGUGUAGUGUGCUGAUCCGGCGGCGCCCCCUGCUGUACGUGGUGGGUCUCCUGGUGCCCAGCCUGUUCCUGAUGCUGGUGGAUGUGACUAGUUUCUGGCUCCCUCUGGACGGUGGGACCCGCAUCGCCUUCAAGAUCAGUAUUCUGCUGGGGUACACCGUGUUCCGGGUCAACCUGACGGACGAGCUGCCGGCCUCCGCUCUCACCACGCCCAUCAUCGGAGUGUACUUCGUGGUGUGCAUGGCGCUCCUCAUGCUCAGCCUCAUCAUGUCCAUCGUGGGGGUCAAGCUGCUGCACCACGGGGGGCAGGAGGUGAGGGACAUGUCGCUGUCGGCCUGUCUGCUGCACGCAUACGCACAGACAGCAGGGGGCGCUCUCAUAUCCACAGACCCGCCCACGGAGCAGCUGCAGGACGACUACUCUCUGGAGGGCUCUCUGGAGGAGGACCUGCUCUCCCUCUCCCCGCCGCAGGACGCCCCCUCUGGCCUGGACUGGUUACUGCAGGAGCUGGUGGUCCUGCGCAGGGCCGUGUCAGAGCAGGACAGUGAGGGCUCGGUGCAGGCGCAGUGGAGAGCUCUGUGCCUGAAGCUGGACGUGCUGCUCUUCAGGGUCUACGUGCUGCUGUUCUGCCUGUACACGGGGACUCUGCUGCUGCUGUGGGCCGGCUGGAGCAGGGCCUGA